UGUGGCGCAUGCGCACUGGCCGUUCUGUUUCCCGACUGUCUCUUUUGCUGUAGCUUUCCUGUACAGAAGACCCUGGAAGAGAAAUAACAGGAAGGAGAAAGAGCAGGUCGUGUGUGUCAUCUCUGUAUACUCUUCCAGUUCUCCUGUGUCUCCUCAUGACACAGCUGCCAGGUGGGGAGCAUGCAUAGAGGACUAGUCUGGGGUUUCUUCUUCUCUGGGUAACUUGAAAGUAUGUCUGGAAAUAAAGGGAGAACAAAGAAAAAGCCAAUUGCAAUCGACACUUCGUCUGACGGUCUUCCUGUACGGUCUUCAGUGCGGCAGGUGAAGAAGAAGGCAAGCGAAUCACUUGAUGAAGAUGAUGAUUAUUACUUAGAGAAGAAAUACAGGAAAUGUGAAAAGGCAGGAUGCACAGCAACAUGUCCAGUUUGCUUUGCUAGUGCGUCUGAAAGGUGUGCUAAGAAUGGUUACACAUCAAGGUGGUAUCAUCUUUCCUGUGGGGAGCAUUUCUGCAAUGAAUGUUUUGACCAUUACUAUAGGAGUCACAAGGAUGGUUAUGACAUAUAUGCUUCUUGGAAACGAAUUUGGACAAGUAAUGGUAAAAGUGAACCAAGUCCCAAAGCUUUUAUGGCUGAUCAGCAACUUCCUUACUGGGUACAGUGUACAAAACCUGAAUGUGGGAAGUGGCGUCAGUUGACAAAAGAGAUUCACUUAACAAUACAAAUGGCCAAAACAUACAAAUGUGGCAUGAAAUUAAAUAACUCAAUGAAGGCUGAGGGGCCAGAUCAGUGCUCCAUGCCAGAAGACCUGAGAGUAUCUGAAGUAUCAACUCAGCAGUGGUAUUCGAUGCUCAUUCUUCCUCCAUUGCUUAAAGAAAGUCCAGCAGCUGCAUUGUUGGCUGCUUAUUACCCUGACUGUGUGGGCAUGAGUCCAUCGUGCACCAACACAAAUCGUCUUCAUAUAGAAGAAAAAGGAGAGCAAAGCAGAGGAGUCGGUUCUAACUUAGCUGCUGCAAGAAUAAAUCCAUAUUUUCAGCCAUUUUACCAGCCCAAUGAAUGUGGGAAGGCAUUAUGUGUAAGACCUGAUGUAAUGGAACUGGAUGAGCUCUAUGAGUUUCCAGAAUACUCUAGGGAUCCCACAAUGUAUUUGGCUAUGAGAAAUCUUAUUUUUGCCCUGUGGCACAUAAACUGUAAGGAGGCGCUCACAACACAGACAUGUGCUCAUCAUAUAAUGGUAAGGGGCCUGAUUCGCAUCCGUUGUGUACAGGAGGUGGAAAGGAUUCUCUACUUCAUGAUCAGGAAAGGACUGGUUAACACAGGAGUUUUGUCUGUUGCGCCUGGCCAGUAUCUACUACCUAAAGAAUACCACAAUAAGUCUGUGAUUAUCAUUGGGGCAGGACCAGCAGGACUGGCUGCUGCUCGAGAAUUAUACAACUUUGGAAUCAAGGUUUUGGUCCUAGAAGCAAGAGACAGGAUCGGUGGUAGAGUUUGGGAUGAUAAGUCCUUUAAAGGAGUCACCGUGGGAAAAGGAGCCCAGAUUGUGAAUGGGUGCAUAAACAACCCUAUUGCAUUAAUGUGCGAGCAACUUGCUAUAACAAUGCGCAAACUAAGGGAAAAGUGUGAUUUGAUACAAGAAGGUGGAAGGUUAACAGACCCAUCUAUAGACAAACGUAUGGAUUUUCAUUUUAAUGCUAUACUGGAUGUUGUGGCAGAAUGGCGUAAAGAUAAGGGUCAGCAACAAGAUGUUCCACUUGGAGAUAAGAUACAAGAGAUCUACAAAGCAUUUAUACAGGAAUCUGGCAUCCAGUUCACAGAUGUAGAAGAAAAGGUCUUGCAGUUCCACCUUGGGAAUCUGGAAUAUGCUUGUGGAAGCAAUCUACAUAAUGUAUCUGCUCGUUCUUGGGAUCACAAUGAAUUCUUUGCUCAGUUUGCUGGGGAUCAUACAAUGAUAACUGCUGGUUACUCAGCAAUAAUAGAAAAACUGGCUGAUGGACUUGAUAUUCGACUCAGGUCACCUGUGAGAAAAAUUGAUUACACUGGUCCAGAAAUUACUUUAACAACAUCAGAUGGGAAAACAUACAGUACACAAAAGGUUUUGGUCACAGCACCCUUGACAAUACUUCAGAAAAAUGUUAUUCAUUUUAAUCCUCCUUUACCAGAGAAAAAAGUUAAGGCCAUCAACAGUCUAGGAGCCGGAGUUAUUGAAAAGAUUGCUUUGCAGUUUCCUUAUAGGUUUUGGGACAGUAAGAUUCAAGGAGCUGACUUCUUUGGUCAUAUCCCUCCCGAUUCUGGCAAACGUGGUCUUUUUGGGGUAUUUUAUGACAUGGAUCCACAGGGUAAACAUGCUGUCCUGAUGUCCGUCAUUACGGGAGAUGCAGUGCUUACCAUUAAGGACAUGGAUGAUAAGCAAGUAGUGAAGCAGUGCAUGGCAGUACUCAGAGGGCUGUUUAAAGAACAGGAGGUACCGGUCCCAGUGAAAUUCUUUGUUACACGAUGGGCUAAAGAUCCUUGGGCACAGAUGGCAUAUAGUUAUGUAAAGACUGGUGGAAGCGGAGAAGCUUAUGACAUAAUAGCUGAAGAUAUCCAGGGAAAAAUAUUUUUUGCAGGCGAGGCCACAAAUCGUCAUUUUCCACAGACUGUGACCGGAGCUUAUCUAAGUGGUGUGCGAGAGGCAAGCAAAAUUACAGUUUUUUAAAUUGGACUCACUUUCCCAUGUCUUUUCUAUUUUUAUAUGUAUUUUUGAAGGAACCGCUCAAGCUGUGUUUUUCACAGCAAAGUUUCUUUACAACAUUGUUUAUUUUAUGUCCCACAUUAUGGCUGAGCAUUGACCACUGGACGUUGCAGAUUAUUCAAGCAAAGACAAAAGUGGCCCUGAAAUGAGAAAACACCGACGGUAUGUGUGCUUGGGUUCAUGCAACAAGAUUGCUGAAAAAGACAGCAAACAGACUUCUGUGUUACCAUUGUCCAAAAAAUUGAAGAGGAAACCUGAGUACCCACAAUGGAAGCCUAGUAUUGUUUUCUUGUCAAAAGUCUUAAUUUAUUAUAAUUAAUAUUGUUAAUAGGGUCUGUUUAAAUAAUGUUUUUGAUACUGUAUUUGUUAAGCAAUCAUUGCUCCAUUUUCCCUUUGUUUGGUUAAUGUAAAUAAUUUUUUAUAAGUUGAAUACUAUAUGCUUGGAACCCUUCCAUUCGAUAUAUACAUGUCACAGUUAUUUUGAGAACUCUUUGGUGUGGUGACACCCGUGAAAUUAAAGCAUGAAAAAUAAAAUGUUGAAUGGACUUUCCUUUACCAAAUUAAAGAGACAAUUUAUUGUUAA